AUGGCGUCGACAUCACAACUCUCAGUGAAGACGCACAGGCCUCCCGAACCAGAUGAAGAGCGGGAGGGUCUCCUGCCCUUGACCGUCAGUGAUGUCGAGGAGGUCCGACCAGCGACAGAUGGCCUCAAUGAAGCCAGACGGCGUUUCAUUGAGCUGAUGUUCAAACGGCUUGCCAUAAUCUGGGGAGGUCUCAUGGUGUUUACCACAGGUGUGUAUAUUUGGUCGAUGUUCAUGCCCCUGCCUGGUAUGACACGAUCCACCAUGGCGCCUACGACUCCGUACCUGUUCUCCGGAGACACGCUGCGUUCCAACGGGACACAUGAAUUCAAGCGAACGGUCGUCAUGGUGUCUAUUGACGGUCUGCGGGCUAGCUACCUCGACCGCGGUCUAACGCCUCACCUCCUGGAUAUUAGCAAGAAAGGUCUUCGUGCCAGGAGUAUGCGACCAAUCUUCCCUACAUUGACCUUCCCCAACCAUUGGGCUCUAAUGACUGGUCUCUAUGCAGAGUCUCACGGAAUUGUUGCAAAUGAAUUCUGGGAUCCAGUAACUCAAGAAACAUUCCAUUAUAACAGAGUGGAAUCAGCCUGGAAAUCGAAAUGGUGGCUUGGUGAACCUAUGUGGGAGACGGCAGAGAAAGCUGGGGUCAUUACUGCCAACCUCAUGUGGCCAGGGCCUCCCAAGACAAGUACAAACACUUCUUCGACGUACUUCGUUCCGUGGAGAGAUCACGUUCCCCUUGGCGAGAAACUGGAUCAAAUUCUACAGUGGAUCGACUUGCCACUGGAAUCAAGGCCGCAGCUGAUUGUAGCCUACGAACCAUCCCUGGAUCAAGCCGGCCAUUCCACCGGUCCCAACUCUGCCCGUGUUAAUGCAACUCUCGUCCAGGUUGAUAGCUUCGCGAAGGACCUCAACGCCGCACUGGAAGCCCGCAAUCUCACCAACAUUGUCGACAUUGUCUUCGUCAGCGACCAUGGCAUGACUGAUACCAGCGACCCUGAAGUCAUCUAUCUUGACGACAUCCUCGGAACAGAAGGUGUCAAGGCUAUCCACCACGUAGACGGCUGGCCAGCAAUGGGCCUUCGAUUCCGUGAAGAUGCUAACAUCACCCAAUAUCUCAGCUUGCUCCUCGACGCAUCUGCGGAGAACCCGGAGAAGUUCAAGGUCUAUACCACCGAGACGAUGCCGAAGCGCUUCCAUUUCUCAAAGAACGAAAGGAUUGCACCAAUCUGGGUUGUACCCAAAAUUGGCUAUAUCUUGACUACUCGAGAACAAGGCAGCGCAGGUAUGAACAAAGGGAGCCAUGGCUACGACAACAAGGCAGAAGCUAUGCAAGCAAUGUUCGUUGCUCAUGGUCCUUUCUCUCAUCACGCCAGGGUAAUAGCGCGAGCCAACCCAUCGUCCCGAGGUCUCACGGAUUGGUUCAAAUCCGCAUGGAACGGUGGAUGUCAUUCCAAGUGGCAAGUUGCUUCCAAAGAUACCUAUAUCAUGAACACCUUCCAGAAUGUGGAGAUCUACAACCUGAUCAUGAAGCUCCUUGGAAUCGAGCAUGCUGCUGCUCCGAAUAACGGGACUGUUGGAUUCUGGGACCAAUAUCUAUGAAUCUUGUGGAUAUUUGAUAGAACGUCGCUAUCACGCACUCCCUCUCGUUCGCAAUGGAUUAUGGCUCUCACUUCACAGGUGAACCAGGAAUUAAAUCGUCAAAUUGGGU